AUGCCAUUGUUUAAACGGAAAGAAUCUGAAAAACGUAGUCAAAAUGUUAGAGAUAAAUAUGAUUUUAAAGAUGUUCUUGGAACAGGAGCAUUUUCUAAAGUAUUUCUUGCAGAAUGUAAGUUACAGCCUGGAUAUCUGGUGGCAAUAAAAUGUAUUGACAAAAAAGCUUUGAAAGGAAAAGAAGAAUCUCUUGAUAAUGAAAUAAGAGUAUUAAGAAAAUUAAAACAUCCAAAUAUUGUACAACUAUUAGACACAUUUGAUGAAAAACAAUAUGUAUAUUUAGUUAUGGAAUUAGUUACUGGAGGUGAACUUUUUGAUAGAAUUGUUGCAAAAGGUUCAUAUACAGAAAAAGAUGCUUCUGAUCUUAUAAGACAAGUACUUCAAGCUGUUGCAUUUAUGCAUGAUAAUGGUGUUGUUCAUCGUGAUUUAAAACCUGAAAAUUUAUUGUAUUACAAUCAGGAUGAAGAUUCAAAAAUAAUGAUAUCUGAUUUUGGGUUAUCAAAAACAGAAGAAUCUGGUGUAAUGGCAACUGCUUGUGGUACACCAGGAUAUGUAGCACCAGAGGUUUUACAACAAAAACCAUAUGGUAAAGCGGUUGAUGUUUGGUCAAUUGGAGUAAUUGCAUAUAUAUUAUUAUGCGGUUAUCCACCAUUUUAUGAUGAAAAUGAUGCUAAUUUAUUUGCCCAAAUAAUUCGUGGUGAAUAUGAAUUUGAUUCACCAUUUUGGGAUGACAUAUCUGAUUCAGCAAAAGAUUUCAUUUCACAUUUAAUGUGUUGUGAUCCUAGUCGUCGUUUUAAUUGUGAUGAAGCUCUACGUCAUCCUUGGAUUAGUGGUAAUACUGCAAGAACCAAAGAUAUUCAUGGAACAGUUGCAACACAUCUUAAGAAAAGUUUAGCCAAAAAAAAAUGGAGAAAAGCAUAUAACGCUGCAGCAGCAAUAAGACAGUUGCAAAUGUUAAGAUUAACAUCAACUAAAAUCUCAGCACAAAACUCUUCCACUGUACCUGAAGAAAAUUUGGCAAAUGAUUGUUGUUAA